GAAGUUGAAGUAUGGUUGAAGUGUCAUCUGUCAAAUCAUCUUCAACUUCAAAAGUGCUUGUAAUGUUAUAAAUCCUUUUAAACAAAGCAUAUAAGAAUAAUAUUGUUUUCAGUAAAAUCUUUAAUUUAUUAAUUCAUAUUAUCAAUUUACAAAAAUGCCUGAUCAUUUAGGAGACGAUAUGAGAAAAAUUAAAAAUGAGCCAGAACAAGAAGAAAAAGAAAUAAAGUCUCUGGACGAAGGAGAUAUUGCUCUUCUCAAAACCUAUGGACAGGGCCAGUAUACAAAAACUAUUAAGACAGUUGAAGAUGAUAUUCAAACCAUCAUUAAGAGAGUUAAUGAACUAACAGGUAUUAAAGAAUCUGAUACAGGACUGGCACCUCCAGCUUUAUGGGAUUUGGCUGCAGAUAAGCAAACACUUCAGAAUGAACAACCUCUUCAAGUGGCUAGAUGCACCAAAAUUAUAAAUGCUGAUACUGAUGAUCCGAAGUAUAUUAUUAAUGUAAAACAGUUUGCAAAGUUUGUAGUUGAUUUAGCAGAUUCUGUAGCACCGACAGAUAUUGAGGAAGGCAUGCGAGUGGGAGUUGAUCGUAACAAGUAUCAGAUACAUAUUCCGUUACCACCAAAAAUCGACCCAACAGUAACUAUGAUGCAGGUUGAAGAAAAACCGGAUGUUACUUAUAGUGAUGUGGGAGGUUGCAAAGAACAAAUUGAAAAGCUAAGAGAGGUUGUAGAAACACCUCUUUUACAUCCGGAAAAAUUUGUAAAGCUUGGUAUUGAACCUCCAAAGGGUGUUUUACUUUUUGGACCUCCCGGAACUGGAAAAACUCUUUGUGCUCGUGCUGUGGCCAAUCGUACUGAUGCCUGUUUCAUCAGAGUUAUUGGAUCGGAAUUGGUUCAAAAAUAUGUGGGCGAAGGCGCGAGAAUGGUUAGAGAGCUGUUCGAGAUGGCAAGAUCUAAGAAAGCGUGCUUAAUAUUUUUCGAUGAAAUCGAUGCCAUCGGAGGUGCUCGUUUCGACGAUGGCGCAGGGGGCGAUAAUGAGGUUCAACGUACUAUGUUGGAACUUAUUAAUCAAUUAGACGGAUUUGAUCCAAGAGGCAACAUUAAAGUAUUGAUGGCUACUAAUAGACCCGACACAUUGGAUCCCGCACUAAUGAGGCCGGGAAGGUUGGAUAGGAAGGUGGAAUUUGGAUUACCUGAUUUAGAGGGAAGGAGUCAUAUUUUUAAAAUUCACGCUAGAUCCAUGAGCGUUGAAAGGGAUAUUCGAUUCGAGUUAUUGGCUAGAUUAUGUCCAAAUUCUACCGGCGCCGAAAUCCGAUCGGUAUGCACUGAGGCUGGGAUGUUUGCGAUCCGAGCAAGGAGGAAAGUAGCUACAGAAAAAGACUUCCUUGAAGCUGUUAAUAAAGUAAUCAAAUCCUAUGCUAAAUUCUCUGCUACACCGAGAUAUAUGACUUACAAUUAGGAAUUUUUUGCACACCGUUCUAUAGUUAAUAAAAUAAAUUUAAACCAACAGUACUCAGUCUAUAAUGCUAACGUUUUUAUUUCAAAAUAAAUUUAUAAUUUAUA